AAGCUUCCAUCUCCAGGGGAAGUGCACCCACCCAUCCCGGGGGGGCCUUGCAAGAGGACUCCACACCAGCAAAGCUUUCUGCCGGGCCGCGGGUUGUGCCUUCACGCACCAGCAGCCACCUCCUUCUGCCUUUGCAAGUUUUAUGCAUCUGAAGCAUCACAACAGCUUUUGUGUGGUUCUGAGGAUUAAAGAGGUAAAUAUUUUCAUUCUUUAAAGGUUGCUAUGUUAAUGCUGCUUGUCUUUGGAGUAUUGCUUCCCGACAUCCCCCUGAGCAGCCCGGAUGAGGCUCCCCCAGAGGCUGGUGGAGUUGCAGGAGGACCUCUGUUUAACUACGCCAGCAUCCGCCUGCCGGAAGAGCAUGUGCCCUUCUUUUUCCACAAUAAUAGGCACAUUGCCAGGGUCUGUGAGAAAGACUCACAGUGUCCUUAUAAGAAACACUUGGAAAAUCUGAAGUACUGCUGGGGUUAUGAGAAAUCCUGCAAGCCGGAGUUCAGGUUUGGUUACCCUAUUUGCACCUUCGUUGACGUGGGAUGGACAGACACCCUUGAAUCAGCUCAAGACAUAUUCUGGAAACAAGCUGACUUUGGGUAUGCUGGAGACCGGCUGGAAGAACUGCAUGUGCUCUGCCAGCCUAUGGACACAAAUGACUCAAGUCUGGUUUGUUCCCGUUAUCUCCAGUAUUGCCGAGCAUCCAAUCUUUAUCUUGAUUUAAGAAACAUCAAGAGAAACCACGACAGAUUUAAGGAAGAUUUUUUGCAGAGUGGUGAAAUUGGAGGACAUUGUAAACUUGACAUUCGUACAUUGAUGUCUGAAGGUCAGCGCAAAAGUCCUCUGCAGUCUUGGUUUGCUGAGCUACAGAGCUAUACUCAGCUCAACUUCAGACCAAUAGAAGAUGCUCAGUGUGACAUUGUCAUUGAAAAACCAACCUACUUCAUGAAAUUGGAUGCAGGUGUUAACCUGUAUCACCACUUCUGUGACUUUAUCAAUCUUUAUAUUACUCAGCACGUUAAUAAUUCAUUCAGUACAGAUGUGUACAUAGUGAUGUGGGACACUAGCUCCUAUGGAUAUGGCGACCUGUUCUCUGACACGUGGAGAGCAUUUACUGACUAUGAUGUUAUACAUUUGAAAACUUACGAUUCCAAAAGGGUAUGUUUUAAAGAGGCCAUUUUCUCAUUACUUCCUCGGAUGAGAUACGGGCUGUUUUAUAAUACCCCCCUGAUAUCUGGCUGCCAAAAUACUGGAUUGUUCAGGGCAUUUUCCCAGCAUGUCCUGCACAGACUGAACAUCACACAGGAGGGACCCCAGGAUGGAAAAAUUCGAGUCACCAUUCUUGCACGGAGCACAGAAUACCGGAAAAUACUAAACCAAAAUGAGCUUGUAAACGCACUGAAGACAGUGUCUACGUUUGACGUCCAGAUCGUCGAUUAUAAGUACAAGGAACUUGGGUUUUUAGAGCAGCUAAGGAUCACCCAUAACACGGACAUAUUUAUUGGAAUGCAUGGAGCCGGUCUCACCCAUUUACUUUUCCUUCCAGACUGGGCUGCAGUGUUUGAACUGUACAAUUGUGAAGAUGAGCGUUGUUACUUGGACCUAGCCAGGCUGAGAGGCGUCCACUACCUCACUUGGCGAAGGCAGAACAAAGUCUUUCCUCAAGAUAAGGGUCACCACCCAACUCUAGGGGAACAUCCAAAGUUUACCAACUACUCUUUUGAUGUAGAAGAAUUUAUGUCCCUUGUCCUCCAGGCUGCAGAGCACGUGUUGCAACACCCAAAGUGGCCAUUUAAGAAGAAACGUGAUGAGCUAUAAAUGUGUUAAGUCUAUUGGCAAAAGGGAGUAUUUCACUGCUGUACCACCCAGACUCACAGCUAAAUCAGUAAAACAACCUGCUAUUUCACUAGCCCAGAACUGCCUUUUCUAUACCAAAACAUGCUUUCAGGAUAUUACUUAAGUGUUUUAUAGUCUUUAACUGUUUCAUGUGAUUUUUGUGUCAUUGCUAUUUGUUAAGAUACUAUUUUUGCACUGAAAACUUUACUAUUUAUAGUUCAAAUGUUUGGCACAGGCUCACUGUUGUAAUUGAGCUCUCUUUAUUAGGGAUACCAAAGUUUAACACUUGCCUAGCUUUAGAAUUUGAAAAUGUUUUUGUAGAAUACCAUGAGAUUGUAAUUCUAGAGGCUUCCGAUUUAUUUGAUAUAUUUGAGUAAAUGCACAGUCGCUCUUUUAUUUGCCAUAAUCUGUUCCUAAUUCUGUUUGUGAUUGGAAAGGCACACACACACACACACACACACACACACACACACACAGUUGUGCUUCUUAGUUCCGAGCUAUAGGACCAUGUGAUAGCUUGAAGAGUGUUAUAAACAGAUCUGUUUUACUGUGUCAGAAUCUAAGCUAACACCCUUUGAAUUCUCUGCUGUGUCUUUUUUAGUCAACUCCAGGUUAUAUGCAUCAAGAACCUGAAUAAAUCAUGCUGCUGCAUUAAUUUAUAUUCACAUACUUCAUAUGCAAAUCAUGUCUUCCCAAAAUGUAACAAUUGCAUGUGAUAAAAACAGAUUAGGACUGUUUUAUAUACCUUCUGGCUGGCUUACACUGAUUCCUUCUUAGCCAUGAGGAGUGUUUUUGUUGAAUUUGUAUAUCAAAUAGUGGUUUCCCAUGUGCAAGUGUUUAUAACUGCAUAUACCUAUGUGUAUGCAUCUACCUCUUUUGGCCUGGAAGUAUUCCAGCUUUGGAGUUUGUACACUUCAGAUUAGCCACGUGAAGAGAAUUUUUCCCUAUGAAAAAGUAAAGACCUAAAAGAAAAGAGUGAAGACACACGAAUUGUCUAAUUCAAAUGGAAGAGAAGCUGUAAGGAAGUGCCAUUGAUUAAAAUGAAUACCUGAAAUGCAGUCCCUCUGGGUGAAUGGGACUUACUUCUUAUAAUUUAUGAACUUCCAAUUUAGUGGUCAGAAACCAUGGAUUUAUUUACUGCAAAAUGUGAACUUCACAUUUUAUUAACACUGGAGAAGUCUAAUUUAGAGAUGAAUGACUUCUAUUUUUUAAAGUGAAGAAUUAGCAGAUAACAGCAGAGCUAAGAAUUUUUUUUAACAUUUAGAGUUACAUAGUCUUCUUUUUUUUCUUUUUUAACAGUGAUCCAAGAAGCCUAAGAUAUUUAUUAGUUGAACCUUUACAGACAAGUUUGUUAACCACUGUUUUAAAGGAUUUUGAACAGUUUUCUAGAGUUAUUUAUUAAAAUGUAAAGAAAAUAGUGACUUUCUAGUUAUAGCUUUGAUUUGGAUCUUAAAAUUGUGUAAAAAAAAA